AUUUAUAUAUACGCUUAACCACCACAAGAGCUGAGAAAGUCCGUAACCCAUCAUCGCAUCCCUCGCGGCUUCCAUUGUUUGCUGAUUCUUCCUCAACUUCGAGUCGAACAUCACCAUGUCUUCGACAGUCCGAAUGAUAGACAUCGCCGUCAACUUCACAGAUUACAUGUUCAAGGGGAUCUACAAUGGCCGGCAGUGCCAUGCCGCCGACAUCCCCGCCGUACUUGCUCGGGCGUGGAGCGCCGGCGUCGACCGUAUCAUCGUCACAGGAGGUUCUCUUCAGGAAUCCAAGGAAGCCCUCGCCAUCGCAGAAACCGAUGGACGGCUCUUCUGCACGGUUGGGGUUCAUCCUACUAGAUGCAAGGAAUUUGAAGAGAGUGGGGAUCCAGAGCAACAUUUCCAGGCGCUUGUGUCAUUAGCUCGGGAGGGAAUUCAGAAAGGGAAGGUGGUGGCAAUUGGAGAAUGUGGACUGGACUAUGACCGGCUUCAGUUUUGCCCUGCUGAUAUACAAAAGAAGUACUUCGAGAAGCAAUUCGAACUGGCAGAAGCUGUCAAACUGCCUAUGUUUCUGCAUAUGCGUGCUGCUGCUGAAGACUUCUGUGACAUUCUCGCUCAAAAUAAGGAAAGGUUCAUUUCUGGGGUUGCUCAUUCGUUUACUGGAAGUGCAGAAGAUCGUGACAGGCUCUUGUCAUUUGAAAAUCUUUUUAUAGGCAUUAAUGGCUGCUCUCUGAAGACACAUGACAAUCUUGAUGCUCUAAGGGGCAUUCCUGUUGAGAGGAUGAUGAUAGAGACAGACUCACCAUACUGUGAAAUCAGGACUACUCAUGCUGGAAGGCAAUUUGUUAAAUCAGAUUGGCCUUCUAAGAAAAAAGAAAAGUAUGAUCAUGACUCUACAGUAAAAGGUCGCAAUGAGCCUUGUUUUGUUAGGCAAGUCCUUGAAGUUGUAGCUGGCUCUAAAGGCAUUGGUGAUUUAGAGCACCUGAGCAAAAUUUUGUACCACAACACAUGCAGGGUCUUCUUCCCCAAUGAUUUGGAUACAGCAGCAGAUGCUUUUCUUGAAAGCGGCCAUAAUGUCCAGUGACAAACAACCAAACAACCGGAAGUGCUUCAUUGACAGAGGACUGGUGCAUCUAGCAUUGUCCGGCAGCAACCGCCUAGGCAUCCAUUUCUUUUGAGAAUGAACAACAUGAUAAUUUUCCUUCUCUUCGGAUGCGUGAUGGCAUUUCUUUUCUACGGCACCCAUGGAAUGAGUUAGAAGGACUUGCCGCUACUUUUUGUAAUUCUAAGACACAUGUUUUCCGAUUAGAUAUGUAAUUUUGUUGCUAAAACUUGCAUACAUUUCUUAUAUGUAAGCUGUCUUAAUUAUUGAAAUAUGCAAGAUUAUAUUAGCA